GCAUCUGCUUUGAUCCACCCGACGGCUCCUCCAACAUUGACUGUGGCGUCUCAAUCGGAACGGUAUGAAUACGACUCAGUCCUUUCACGGAACGUAGAAAUUUUGUUUCAGAAUCUGAGGAUAGUGAUGCCAAAAGCCAGAGUUUAGCAAAUGGGCAGUUCCUUUUCUCAUAUUAUCGCCACCUGGUUUCCUAGAUUUACCGGUGUUAUCUCUGGAAUAACUGGAAAUUUCAGCACUAACCGUACAGAAGUACAUGCUGCAUCCAAUUUAAUUUUUCCUCAUCAGUUACUUAUCAUAAUACUUGUAACAAACUGCGCACAGUCAAGAUUUUGAGGUUGUGUUGCAGCCUGGCACAAACAUGCUUGCUGCGGGAUACUACAUGUGUGGCAGUUCCUGCACGCUUGUUCUGAGCACUGGGAGUGGUGUCAAUGGCUUCACACUUGACCCAUCACUUGGCGAGUUCAUACUGACUCAUCUAGACAUCAAGAUACUUAAGAUGGGAAAGAUUUAUUCAGUCAAUGAAGGGAAUGCCAAAAAUUGGGAUGCAGCUAUUGCGAAGUUUGUGGAGAAGGGUAAAUACCUCAAAGAUGGUUCGCCACCUAAAUCUUUGAGAUACAUUGGAAGUACGGUUGCUGAUGUUCACUGUACCUUGCUCUAUGGGGGUGUAUUUUUGUCUCCUUUUGAUUCUGCAUUUUUUUCCACUUUUGUAGUUUAUGCAAUGGCUAGAUGGCAGAAGCGUUAACAAGGUACUAUGUCAUCAUCUACCAUGUUUCACCUCUCUACUCCAGGACGACAGGAAUAACAACUCAAUUCCUCUUGUUUGAGUAGCAGCGGCGCAGGAGUUGUUUUGUCACUGCAACAGCAACAAUGUCUGUCGUCAUUAGCUUAGGUAGAUAAGCAGAUAAGCACUCCAGCAAGGAUUCAGUCAGGUAGGUAUAUGGAUUUUCAUUUUCAUGCUGUAGUGAUGCUACUGCUAGUUCCAUUAUUUACUUACUUUCUAGUUCCAUUAUUUAAUCAUUUACUUGCUUGCUAGUUCCAUUAUUUAAUCAUUUACUUGCUGACUUUGGCCGGUCAAUUGAGUAAAAAUGAAUUUUCAAUGUAUGAAGUAAAAUGCUACUUCUAUGUGGAUGAGAAGAGCAGAACGAUAUAUGGAUGAGGAGAGCAGAACGAUGAGACGAGAAGAACUACUUUAUGUGGAUGCUUUGUCUAUGAAGUAAAAUGCUACCUUUUAAAGGGAUUUCACCUUGGCUUGCCCUGUUUUGGUGAAGAAACAAUGUUGUUUUGAAUCAUGUUCAUUUUCUUGUACAUUUAUUCUAAUUUGCUUAUACGUUAUUAUAAUAUGCUUUCAGAUUUUAACAAAAAUGCUUCUCAUUGUAAAGAGAUCGAAAUAUAUUGAAGUGAGAUUUUAUUUUAAAGUUUUUGUUGAGGCCAA